UAAUGCUCCUUCUCGACGAACCCACCCAGGAUUUAGAUCCACUCAGCGCUUAUUUGCUCAUAUCAAUACUUUCGAACAGCGCCAAGAAAACUGGUUGUGGCAUUUUGCUAUCCUUGGAAAAGCCACGCUCCGAUGUAUUUCCCUUCCUCGAUCGCGCGCUUUUCCUUUGCCUGGGUGGUGUAGUUUACUCAGGCGGUACGCGUGCAAUGCUGGAAUAUUUUCAUAGUAUUGGAUUUCCAUGUCCGCAACUCGAGAACCCCCUGAUGUAUUAUCUCUGCUUGUCAACCGUGGAUCGCAGAAGCCGCGAUCGCUUUUUGGAGUCCAGCCAACAGAUUGAAGCCUUAGUGGAGCGUUUUUCACGCGAAACUCCCCUAUCUGAUGCGCCACUGAACACAAUGGGCAAUGGUAAAGUACCGCUGGCCUAUGGAAAACCUGGCGAACUAAAAGUUUGGAUUAUGUUGUAUUUAAAAUUGCUUGCUUCUACGUUCUCCUGUGGCAUGGCUGGCAUGAAGGCACUCUUUUUGCGUCUACUGUUACUACCGUUGGCGAUGGCGCUUAUGUGGCUCUUCUACACAAAUGUUGGCGAUGAUUCGCAUGGCUUCUUCAGCAAAAACGGCAUGAUUCUCAAUAUUAUUGGCUUGGCAUAUGGCUGUGGCAUUCUCAGCACAAUCUCACUAUUUCCAAUCUGGCGCAAACGAUUUUCACAGGAUACACCCGAAGGCCUGUACUCAGGCGCCACGCUGCUCAUCGCCUACAACUCCAUUGCAAUUCCAUUCUCUUUAAUAUCUGCAAUGUUCGCCAGCUGUGUCAUUUAUCCUUUGUUGCUGGAUCCCAAAUUUCCGAAUGGCACCAUUUUCAUAUAUUUGCUGGUGGCCUUGUGGUCCAGCUUUGUGCUCGCCGAACAGUUGAGCAUCGCAUUCUUGUUGCUUGUUAAGGUGCCCUUCAAUGCCGCCAUAGCAGUCACUUACAUACUCGUGAUUAGCAUAUCCUUAGCCAGUGGUACGGUGCGCUCGUUUAAAGGUUUGCAGCCGUGGUUGCAGGACAAUACAAAAGGCACACAUACACGUUAUGUGUCCUCAUUGUUGCACAGCAUUGCAUUCCAAUCGCGUAAAAUGAAUUGUAUACCCACCGCGUCCGUCAUAUGCCCCAAGCCUACGGAUUUUCUACACGAACGACUCGGCAUGGCUGAUCCCGAUGAAACAAUUGAUGUUGCCGCUUCGUGUGCUUUUGCCGUUGGUUUGGCUGCCUUUAAUAUGUUGCUCUAUUUGUUCCCGAUGCCGAGAUGUGUGAGACAGAAAUUUAAAGACUGAAUCAAUGGUAGAGACGGGGAACUAUUUCUCCGUUCGCAGCUCCACUCAAUUGCAUUUAAGGACUAGACGUUUUAUACGUAAAAUAUAUACAAACAUGUAUUGAUAUUUUUUAAUAAUAUAAGUGACNGUUCGCAGC